UUUCCGCCUCUGGCUAGCCAAUGAAAACGCACAAGGCCGUGGAUCGGUUAAGGUUAAAUCUCCCGGGGCUCCGUUUAAGGGGUUGUAAAAUUAGGUGGCUGGAGUCGUCAGCGCCGGCUGCAGAAAGAAGUCGCCUCCACUCCCGUGACGAUAUGGGCAGUCCAGAAGAAAGAGAAUGGGUCAACGUGGCAAACAAUCUUCUGGCAAAAUGUAACAUAGACCUGCAUGUUACUGAUCUCCUUGACUGCAGAGCUAAAGUGUUUAUUUCUCUUUAUGAGUCAGUGCUGGGAGAGAAAGUUCCAGAUUUAAUAGCUGAACCUAGAUGCCAAGAAGAUGAUGCUCACAAUGUGCAGGCAGUCAUAGAUUCUUUGGCACUGGACUACUUGCAGAUCAGCCUGUCACAUAUAACUGGUGAGAACAUUGUGAAAGGAGAUAGGGAGUCCAUUAGAAAUCUCCUGGAAAUAUUUGAUGGCUUGUUUGAGUACCUUACAGAAGAAAUCGGUGAGACUGCUUCUGAGGAUGGCACAGAGCAGAAAAAUACAGCAAAUGGUGCUGUUAACCAGAUGGCUGAAGAUGAUGUGCAAAGUGUUGUUCUGGAAGAAAUAAAAGGCCAUGAUGUGCCCUUUUCUUCCCCAGAGCUACCAUCUGUGAUGGGGUCUUCUCAUUCAUCAGACAUUUCCAUUCCAUCAGGGGAGGUAGAGGGUUCAGAAUCCACAAGUGAGCUAAUUAAGCUUGGUGACACAGCGUACUUGUUUUCUUUAAGAAACGAUGCAGAGUUACCAGCCUCAGAAGGGAUCUCCGUGAAGACUACUGAGCCUGAAGAGCUGGAAAAGCCUACAGCUUCUGCAGAAAUAUGUAGUAUGCCCUCCAGCAGCAGAAAAGCAUUUGUCACAGAAACUGAAGGAUCAGCAAAAACUACUAAGUUGCCAAGUGAGCAGCUGAGUUCCAGUGCCAAAAAACUUGGGGAACCUAUUCGUUCAGCUGUUGCUUUGCAGCCACCCUACCAGCCUUCUGUACCUAGGCCCCCUUACCAAGAUGAAACAGGAACUAGAAAUUCAGACAGAUGUCCAGCAUUGACUGAAUCUCAGAGACUUCCAUCCUCUGAGCUGGCAGAACCCCUUGGACAAAUGUUUGAAACACUUCCAGGUGGCAUCUUUACUUCUGGUCUUUCAGCUGGAGGUGAUGAACCAGGGUCAAAAGUUUUUAUAAAGGAGCCAGAGGUAGCUGAUGAACAGGUGCCAGAAGAUAGUGUGGAUGAUGUGGGAAAGGAAACUGAUGAGCACGUUCAAUAUAAACCAACUUCAUCUUUUAAUGAGGAUAGAUUGCAAAGAUUUACAUCAAUACAAAGAACAAGAUCUAAACAAAAGAAUCUGCUUAAUGGGAAAAGGCAGCAUGAAAGCUCCAUCACAGACUCGCUUGCAGAGGCACCCCUUUCCCACAGGAGAGCAACAGAAAAACUGUCAGACCAAGAGCUACAACAGAUAUCUGAGAAACUCUCCCAUAGGCUGAGUGAAUUAGAUGUAAUGUUAAAGAAUGUUUUGAGUGAACGAAGCAGGGGGGAAUCAUCUACUGAUGAAGACAGACUUUCUCAGCAUAGUGAUAGUGUCAUGGAUUACCAUGACACAAAGCCAGAACCAGCCUCCUGGCUUCCAAAAAGAACACCCAGCAGGCAACGGUCAUUUUCAGCUUCCCCACCACCUUUGACCCGCAAGCUGUCAUCUGAAUUGGAAGAUGCACUCUGGAGAGAUGGGAAAGGGCCAUCAGGAAAAAUAUAUUAUCACUUGCAAAAGGAACAGGACCAAAGGAGGCUAAGAGCAAAGCUGUUGACGAAAGCCUAUGAAGAUGAAUUUAGAGUUUAUGAGGCUAGUGAGAGAGUUGAACUUGCAAAGCUAAAAGCAAAGACCAAGGAACUGGAACAAAAAUACAAGGAAAGCUUAUUUAAAGAACUUCCAAGUGUAUCACGGCCUGCAGAGGUUUACUCUAAAAAAAAAGUACCUCGGAAUCUCAAACUCAGCCAGCGGAUUUCAAGAGGAUUCGUAAAGCCAAGGAAAGCAACUCCAAUGAAAGUCAUGGAGAACAACCUCUUGCCUCUUCUAAUGGAGGAGUUUCACCACUUGCACAUUUCCCGCCCAACCAUGAACAAGAUGUUGCAGCAGCAGCUUGCUCAGGUAGAAAUACUGAAGUCUCCCAGCAAGAGAACCCAGCUGAAACUCCAAAAUGAAGUAGUAGAAGCCCUGAAGAAGCAUGAUCUCCUUGUUGAGCUCAUUAAGAAGGAACAGGCCCAUAACAAGAGACUGCAAGAUAUCAAACAACGUAUUCAUUAUCAGAAAUGUGGCCAAAAUAAAAUGAGAGAGAGACGUCAGCAAAUUAUCAGAGCCAAAAAGUACUACCAAGAUUACAGAAUUCAACUGCGGGCUAAGAUGAUGAGGGCCAGGACCCGUGAGGAACGUAUAUUUAAAAACCUGUUUGAAGAAGGUUUGGAUAUUCAGAAGCAAAGAUUGCAUGAACUGAGAGCAUAUGCCAAGGAUAAACGUGUUGAGCAAAUGAGACAACACCAGGCAGAACUGGAAUCCAUGGAGAACUACUACAAGGAUCAGUUUUCAAUGCUGGCCGAAGCCGUUUCAGAAGAACGUAAACAAAUUGAAGCCAGAGAGGUAACACAUGCAAAAAUGCUGAACAAAGUUAAGUGUGAAUUUAGAUCAAAGAUGGAGAAGGAGAUUGAAGAGCUGCAGGAUGUGAUCAUUCAGAAUGAUGAUGAUUCAUUCUUCUGUGAGCUAGAAGCUGAUCGCCUCAGAUCUCGACUUCAGAUGGCUUCUUUUCAAUAUAGCAAAAACCGUAACUUCUUUUAAAAGAGUUUUGGGGAAGUUAACAACUUGAUCUGCUGCUUAUAAGUUGGCCUUAAUCUUGUUUGCAGUGUCUGGCAGUGAGAAUAUUUGUUAUUUUAAAAGUUUUUUAAAUAAAAGUUUGGUAAUUUCACCUAAA